AGUAGAUGCAGAGCACCCAAACACACUCUACUCAGCAGCGACCCAAAUUUGAUCCUCACCUUCCUAGCUAAUUGCAGAGGCAUCUCAAAGAAAGACCUGACAAUGUCAGCUAUUUUCUCAAGUAUGGACUUUGCACUGUAAUCAAUGACUCCCAAGGGCACAAAGGGCCAAAGUCUGCAAACUGUUCUGGAGUGACUGCAGCUGGGGCUUCCUUCAUACGCAGCUCUUAUCACACCCACAGGUCACAGGCCCUAAAGAAACUCUAGCCAUAUCCUCUGCAUGAUCUGUUCUUCCAAGCUGGCUCAUUCACUUUAGUUCACUACUCUGAAGCUGGACCAUUUGCCCUUCCAUGCCAUCGGGGCCAUGGAUGGAAGGGUGGAUCUGUUCCACAUGUGUUGCAGUUGACCUGAAUAGUGAAGUGGAAGGAUAUAAGAAUUUUUUGGGAUUUGGGUUGUUCUGGGUUUUUUUGUAUUGCAAAAGCUUAUGGACUGAAAUAUUUUGACUCCCUAAAGUGAACUGAGAACCAAGAAUAUACAGAAAAGCAUAUCCUCCCAUGCACAAAAGCAAGUUUUAGCAUAGUAAAUAGGAGAGAAGUAAAGAAUCAUAUAAAAUGGAUGAAUCAUCUUGUAAAUAAUUAAAUGCAAAAAAAAUAUAUUAAUUAAUAUAUAUUUAUUAAUAUUAAUUAGUAGAUAUUUGAAAAGCAUGGAGUAAUACUUAAAGUCGACACAGAAAGAAGAUUCUAACCUUUGGGCUAAAUAGCAAUAACAAGUUGCCAGCAUACAAGGGAAGAAAUUUUACCUAACUCAGGUUUGAGAAUUUCAGUUAUCUAAGAAGAUUGUGAAGAAUUUUCUGUCGAGAACUUGUAUGUGACCAUUAAUUUGAUAUAGGAGAAACACUGUCUCACAGAAAAGAUUUUUUGAUAUUUUUCACAAAUAUUAAUGAAAUAUGUUUUUCAAAUGACAAGCAGACAUCUCUCCUGUUGUUCCACUCCACUCUUUGAUGUGGCUUUAACUUACCUAGUAUCAAAGGGAGGUCUAUGCCUUUCCCAGGUCUAUUACAUUUUAGGUUUUCUCUCUGUAUUCUACCUAAAUUUUUCUCUCUAUAGCACCUAAAUGAGGAAGCACUGGUUUGGAAAUAUUGUUGGAAGGGUGGAUACAUUUGUGGGUUCUGACAUGCUCUUUCCAUUUCACAAGUCUUGUUAGCUGGGCAGCAAACAGGAGGGUUCAAAGCAAAAUCUUGAAAAUACUUUCCAGACCAUUUCUCCCUGUGAGUUAUGCCCAGCCUUCCAUUUAUGCCCUCCCAUACAAGCACUUGUUCAUUGUUGUACUCUAUAUGGACUGUACUAAAUUUGACUGCUGUUGACUCUUGCACCAAGCCAAAGCCUUUGCAGAAAAAAUGACUGAAUCUAGCAGCAUUUGGGUUCCUUUGCAGAAGAGAGAUGUGGACAUACUGGAACAAAUCCUGACUAUGAAGACACACUCAGUGAUGGCUGAGAGCUCAGCUGUGACUGCAGCAGUGCCAGGGGGAGCAGCACCAGCCAGGCUAGAGGAGCUCCUGGAGAUCACUGCUCAGAGCCUGGUGCACACUGAGGUGUCAGAGCACUAUAAGGUUAUUCGGGAGCUGGGCAGGGGCAAGUACGGCCAUGUGAUGCUAGUGACCCACAGGCAGAGAGGGACUCCUAUGGCUCUCAAGCUGCUCCCCAAAGCCAGUACCAAGUUGCACACCUUUCUGUAUGAGUAUUGUGUAGCACUGUCCCUCGCCACCCACCCUGCCAUCAUUGGCAUGUUUGGAAUUGCCAUUGAGUCCAGCCAGUACUAUGGUUUCCUCUAUGAACCAGCACUCCACAAAGACCUCAUCUCUAUCAUCAAACCCCACGAUGGGAUCCCUGAGCCGGCCACAAAGCAGUGUGCCAAGCAGCUCGUGAGUGCGCUGGAGUUCAUCCACAGCCGGGGGCUGGUGUACCGUGAUAUCAAGCCUGAGAACGUGCUGCUUUUCGAUCCCGACUGCCGGCUCGUCAAACUCACUGACUUUGGGCUCACACGGCCCAAGGGUACCAAGCUCAAGCUGGUGGCUGGGGUAAUCCCCUACACUGCACCUGAGCUGAGCAACACUGCUGAUGCUCAGGGAGUGCCCAUUGACAGCAGCAUGGAUGCCUGGGCCUUCGGGGUGCUGCUUUUCUGCCUGCUGACUGGCUACUUCCCCUGGGAGCAGAGCCUGCCAGAGGACCCUUUCUUUGAGGAUUUCAUGCAGUGGCAGGAGACAGGCCUGGAAAAGGAUGUGCCCCGGCACUGGAAGCGCCUGACAACCGAGGCUACUGGGAUGCUGCGGAGCCUGCUGGCUCUAGAUCCCACCAAACGUGGCCCCGUCAGUGGGGUGCUGUGCUAUGUUGACCGCCCUUGGAGGCUGGAGGGUGGGCACAGUGAGGAGGCUGCCGUGAAGUCCUAGAUCCUGCUCCCCAUGGCAAGAGGGAAAGAGGGUCUCAGCCUGCAAAGGGCUUCAGGGUUUGGGCACCAUGGUGGCCUGGGCAUGAGAGACCAUGGUGACCCAGAGAGCAUCUUCUCUGCAGCACUGUCCCUGCUGCCACAGUCAAGCUUCUUCCCCAGAUGAUUGUCCUCACCUCAUGACUCAGUGCUUCCCAGUGCCACCUCCUUGUGGCCUGAAAACAUCUUUCUCAUGGAAAUGACUGUGUGUGAAGCAUCCACUUCUUUCCUAGCCACAGGAACUCCAGGGAGUUAUUUAGGCUGCAGCACCUGCCAUGUCUCAAAAUAUAUACUUUUGUGUUUCUGUAUGUGGCUCAUUUUCCCUCAUAAUAAAUGCUUGUUGGGACACA